ACUACAAAGCGGAAGUCAGAAAAUGCGAGAUUUGAAAUGGAUGUCUAUCAAACGUAAAAAUGCUGUCUCUUCAGGAAUAUAACAACAGCGAUUCUAGUGACGCAGAAGAUGAAAAAACAGAUUCAACAGAAGAUUUCACAGCUCAUCUUAAACCAAUCGAUCCAGAUAAAAAGUCCAUAACCACAUUGGCUUUAAAUGCUGCCCCGGCUAUCGCGACAAAGGAAGACAUUGAACAGAAAAGACAUAUUGGAAGUUCUGUAAAAGAAGUCACAUAUAAUCCUAAAUAUGAGGAACUUUAUGCUCCAAAGGUUGGACCUGCAAAUCCAUUCAAAACCCGACAGAUGCUGGCCACCAGGAACACCCUGGCUGGGUUUGCAGAACCUGCUCAUGUCAGUAACUUUGAAUUUGAGAACCAGAGAAGGACAUUUCAUAGUUAUGGAUAUGCUGUGGAUCCCUCAGAAGGAAACAGUGUUGUAGCUGAACCGGUAAUGAUUGGUGAUGUCACUGCUAAGGACGAAAAUAAAGGAAAAACAGUUUUUGAAUCAACAAAGAAAAGACCCGAGGAUAAAAGAAAGAGAUUACGUAAUGAUGACCCGGGCAAUGUUGAAGGAUAUUUGGGACCCUGGGGCAAAUUUGUUGAUGAAAAAACUGUCAUGAAACCAAAUGAGGAAGAGAAAAAAGAACUCGAUGAAAUUCUGGCUAAAAGAAGCAAAACAACAAAACAGACAGAAGAAAAGAUUGGUGAUGAAAAGACCACUCUUCACAUUAAAGAUGCCUACGACUACCAAGGGAGAUCAUUCUUACACAUUCCCCAGGAUGUCGGGGUCAACCUUAAGUCAGAGGAUCCACCUGAAAAGUGCUUCCUGCCCAAAAAACACAUCCACACCUGGACGGGGCACACCAAGGGGGUUUCUGCCAUUCGAUGGUUUCCUUUAUCGGCACAUUUACUGUUAUCUUGUAGUAUGGACUGCAAAAUUAAGAUCUGGGAGGUUUACAAUGAGAGGCGGUGCAUACGUACCUACAGUGGACACAAACAGGCAGUUAGGGACAUCACUUUCAAUAACUCAGGGAAGGAGUUCCUCAGUUGUGGUUAUGACAGGUACAUCAAACUGUGGGAUACAGAAACAGGUGAAUGCAAGUCUCGCUUUACUAGUCGAAAAGUGCCCUACUGUGUUAAAUACCACCCAGAGGAAGACAAACAACAUUUAUUUGUUGCAGGAACUUCAGACAAGAAAAUUGUCUGUUGGGACAUUAGGUCUGGGGAGAUUGUACAGGAGUAUGACAGACAUUUAGGAGCUGUCAACACAAUUACAUUUGUAGAUCAAAACAGGAGAUUUGUGUCCACAUCAGACGACAAGAGUCUACGAGUUUGGGAAUGGGAUGUUCCUGUGGACUUUAAAUACAUUGCUGAUCCUAGUAUGCAUUCCUGUCCGGCUGUGCAACUUUCAAGGAAUGGUAAAUGGUUGGCUUGUCAGUCCAUGGACAACAAGAUCAUAAUCUUCAAUGUACUAAACAGAUUUAAAUACAUGAGGAAGAAGACAUUUACAGGUCACAUGGUUGCAGGUUAUGCAUGUGGAGUGGAUUUUUCCCCUGAUAUGAGCUACCUAAUUUCUGGAGAUGCUGAUGGUAAAUUAUAUAUCUGGGACUGGAAGACAACAAAACUGUACAAUAAAUUUAAAGCACACGAUGAUGUGUGUAUCGGUGUGUUGUGGCAUCCUCAUGAAACAUCUAAGGUGGCCACAUGUGGCUGGGAUGGUGUCAUCAAGUACUGGGACUGAAGGGAAAGAGUCAACUUCCAAGAACUGUAAAAGCUUACUAUGUCAAAUGUGAUACCCCCGGUACUCCCUAUUUGUGAAAGGGCAGCUCAGUGAAUAAUGAAAUGCAUUAGAGAAAUAGGUGGUUAAUGAUAAAGAAUUUGUUAUGCCAGGGCUUCAGGUAGGAAAUGAGAAUAACAUUUCCGUUUUAAUAUAGUGGAAGGAAUGGAAUGAUUUUGUCUUUAUCUGUACUGAUCACACAUUCUUAACAUUUAUACAAUGUAUUACAUUUAAUGUUCACGUUUCAUACUAUUCAAAUCAUUACAAUAAGAAUUCAUCAGUCCAUUCAACCUGUUGUACAAAUCUGUGUGCUUAUUGAUAAUAAAGGCAAAA